GAAUUUAGAGGGGAGCCAGCGGAGAAGAGAGAGAGAGAGAGAGAGAGAGAGGCUCGGACGGCGGCGGUUGGUGUCGGAGGAGAAACCUCAAGAAGGUUCCGGCAGGCGUCCGCCAUGGGGGACUCGAGCGGGUCGGUGUCGGUCGACGUGGAGCGGAUCUUCUUCGGCGGCAAGGAGCAUCAUGUGAGAACGAGAUACGGUCCUAUAUCAGUUUCUGUAUAUGGAGAUGAAGACAAGCCUGCGCUCAUAACUUACCCGGAUGUAGCUUUAAAUUACAUGUCUUGCUUCCAAGGAUUGUUCUUCUGCCCAGAGGCUGCGUCGCUGUUGCUUCACAAUUUCUGUGUUUACCACAUCACUCCUCAAGGACACGAGUUAGGAGCGGCUCCAAAUUCAUCUGAUGUUCCCGUGCCAUCUGUUGAUGACCUCGCAGAUCAGGUUGCUGAUGUCCUUGAUUUCUUCAGGUUAGGGCCUGUUAUGUGCCUGGGUGUCACCGCUGGUGCAUAUGUUCUUACCCUCUUUGCAACAAAGUAUCGGGAGAGGGUUCUUGGCCUAAUGUUGGUUUCACCACUAUGCAAAGCCCCUUCAUGGAGUGAGUGGUUGUAUAAUAAGGUAUUGUUGAACUUGCUUUAUUAUUAUGGGACAUGUGGGUUAGUCAAGGAAAGCUUGCUUCAGCGAUAUUUCAGCAUGGAAGUUCGUGGGAGUGGACAAGAUCCUGAAUCAGAGAUUGUGCAAGCCUGUAGAAGUUUACUCCACGAGAGGCAGGGAGGUAACGUAUGGCGGUUCCUUCAAGCAAUAAACGAUCGGCAUGACUUAACUGAAGCACUGAAGAAGCUUCAGUGCCGGACACUGAUUUUCGUUGGAGAAAACUCACAAUUCCAUGCCGAUGCUGUCCACAUGACCACAAAAUUAGACCGGAGAUACUGUGCUCUUGUUGAGGUGCAGGCUUGUGGUUCACUAGUCACUGAAGAGCAGCCACAAGCAAUGUUGAUUCCGAUGGAAUACUUCCUUAUGGGAUAUGGGCUAUACAGACCUUCCCAACAUGAAAGUAGCCCCCGGAGUACACUAAGCCCGUUCUGUAUAUCACCUGAACUUCUAUCACCCGAGAGCAUGGGAGUGAAGCUGAAGCCCAUCAAGACUCGGAUCUCACUUAACGUUUAACAUGGACAGAUAUUGGAUGGCCUGACAAUACAGCUCAUGAAAGUGAAGACUGCUUGGGCUGGGUUGCAACAACACAAGUUUUGAUGCCUUUUGGCACACCUGGCAUGCGAAGACUCUACAAGCUGAAGGCAGUUUUUGCUGUGGGUUACUGUAAUCUAGUCACUGGUGUAGACAAGGGAAAAGUGUUGGCGGGGAGGAGGAUGGCUGUUUGUUCAUAUGUUUGUAGUUAGUACACAUGUAUAUCUCAACAAGACAUCGUUCCAGAAAAAGAAAAUGGUAAAGCAGAAUCCUGUGAUGAAGUCUCA